GGCCUGCGAGCAGAAAUUGGGAGGAUCCCCCACUCCCUAGCCGUGACGUCAUGGAUCCCGACCGUCAACUGUUCCUCCCAGCCCGCCGUGCAGUACGACGUGUUACCCGCCAACGGCGGCCUGACCCCGACUAGACCCCACUUUGAAAAAGUUUCUUCAAAAUAUUUCGAUCCUUGCACAUCAAUGGUAUUAAUGGCUGUGCAUGAUGUAUCGCAAACGGAAGGCAGUUUGUGUCCACCCAGCAGAACUCCCCAUCAGUGCAGGAAUGGCGAGCUGCCAGAAGGUUGCUCUUGUGGCAAAUGAAGUUUCAAAGGAAUCAGAUGAUUUAGUUUGCAACACAUCUGAUGAUGACUUUCAGGACGCUCCCAGGAAGAAAGUCAAAACAAAAAAUCCUAAUGACUCACAAGAGAAAGCCGGACCCAGAAAGACAGUAAAGAAAAGUCCUUUGAAACCUUGUGUGCACCGAGCAGAACUCCCCAGCAGUGCUGGACUUGUGACAAAUGUAGUUUCAAAGGAAUCAGAUGAUUUAUUUUGCAAUGCAUCUGAUGAUGACUUUCAGGACCCUCCCAGGAAGAAAGUCAAAACAAAAAAUCCUAAUGACUCACAUGAGAAAGCCGGACCCACAAUAGGAAAGAAAAGUCCUAUGAAACCUUCUGUACACCGAGCAGAACUCCCUAUCAGUGUAGGAAUCGCUGGUCUUGUGGCAAAUGUAGUUUCAAAGGAAUCAGUUGAUUUAUUUUGCAAUGCAUCUGAUGAUGACUUUCAGGACCCUCCCAGGAAGAAAGUCAAAACAAAAAAUCCUUAUGAUUCACAUGAGAAAGCCGGACCCACAAUAGGAAAGAAAAGUCCUAAGAAACCUUGUGUACACCGAGCAGAACUCCCUAUCAGUGCUGGUCUUGUGGCAAAUGAAGUUUCAAAGGAAUCAGAUGAUUUAGUCAAGAAAGUCAAAACAAAAAGAGACAGUAAGGCCAAUCCUAAUGACUUCCAAGAGAAAGCCGUUCCCAGAAAAAAAGGAAAGAAGAGUCCUGUGAAACCUAAUAGAGACAAGGCAAUUCGUGAUGUAAAUGAUGUGUCAACAGUUCUUGGGGACACAUCUGAUGACGAUUUUGAACCUAAAAGGACACCUACAAAGUCUAAACCACAGAGUCGAUUGGAAAAAUAGUCAAAAUGCUCAUUCUGCUCAAGACUU